AUGCGGGGCAAGUUUUGUGGUGAUCUUGGUGGCCACGGUUGUUUGAGGCUUGGGAAUCCCAGGUCCAAUCCCAGCAAACACUACAGGUGCUUUCAUUUGUUUAAAAUGGCAUCCGACCUUAACUUUGAACUGUCAAAGAAAACUCACAUCUUUCACCUUAAGCCAAAUUCCCAAGUAUCAAAGGAAAUUAAAGAGAUUAAGGUUGACCAAUAUUCAGCCAAAAAUUAUGCUGCUCAUGAUAUUGAUUUCCUUACCCUUGAAGACAAGUUUAGUGAUAAAGAUUCAGACAAGCUUCUUAGCUGUGAAAAGGCCAUGACUGCUGAUAAUAGUAGUCAAUAUGAUUCCUUUACUAAUUUGGAGAAAGAAGGUGUCGCAUGUAAGUCAGGGGAAAAGGGAGGUGCUGGAGCAAUAUAUAAUUCACAUCCAGUGGCAGUUUCUUCCCUUUUGUCAGGUCUUCCUGAGUUUGCUCACCUUGGUUGGAGUCAUUGGUUUACGCUUAGGGACCUUGAAGUUGCAAACAACAGAUUUUCCAAGGAAAAUGUUAUUGGUGAGGGUGGAUAUGGAGUUGUUUAUCGUGGCCGACUGAUAAAUGGCUUUCUUGUUGCUGUUAAAAAAAUCCUCAACAAUAUAUAA